AUGGCAUUUGACUGGGCUUUUCUCACGUAUUCUCCUUUUCUCUCUCUCUGUUCCCACCACCCACCGCUCUCUCUCUCUCUCUUUCUUUAUCUCUCAAUCUUUUUUUCCACACUUUUUAUCUUUAUCACUUUCCCUUUCUUUCUUUCUUUCUUUCUUUCUUUCUUUCUUUCUUUCUUUCUUUCUUUCUUUCUCGCAGUUUUUCUCUGUUUAUUUUUCACCUUUUUCUCACACGUUUUAUGUCUUUCUCGCCGUAUGUCUUAUUUUUUUUUUUUUGUGACACCUCUCGUUCUUUUUGCCUCUCUUGCUUACGCUGUCCCUCUUUUUCCUUCACUUACACGCUGUCUUUUUCUGUUGGUAUCUCUUCUUUUUCUCUCUCUAAAUCCACUCUCUCUAUCUGCUACUCUUGCCUUUCUUCGCCUUUCAUUUUUUAGAGUGUUUCUACAGAAAGUUAGAUACAUUAUAGAUAAUGUAGAUCACCUUCUAUCUAUCUAUCUAUCUAUCUAUCUAUCUCGGUCUGUUCCUCUAUCUAUCUAUCUAUCUCGGUCUGUUCUAUCUAUCUAUCUAUCUAUCUAUCUAUCUAUCUAUCUAUCUAUCUAUCUAUAG